AUGUCGGAGGCAGUUCUGGAAACAUGUCAGGGACCUCUGGAGAAUCUCCUUGUUCUGCCUGGAGAUAAUAAGCAGAUAGAAAAUGUUUAUUACUUCAACAAAAGGACACGGGAGUCACAUGACCGCAUGAUGCAGGAGCCUCUCAGCAUUAAUGAUCCAGAGGUCUUUAACAUCAUUCAGAAGGAGAAAAGGAGACAGAUAUAUAGCUUAUCACUUAAUGCAUCCGAGAACUUUACCAGUCGUGCUGUUUCAGAGGUCUUGAGCUCAUGCAUAAUCAACAAAUCUUUUCAAAUCAGCUUUCAAUACUCUGGCGAUACAGAGAGUGUGGAUGAAUUGGAGCAUCUCUGUCAGCAAAGAGCUUUGAAGGUUUAUGGACUUGAUCCAGAAAAAUGGGGUGUAAAUGUGCAUCCUCAUUCUGGGUCAUCUGCCAACUUUGCUGUGUACAUCGCAGUAGUGGAGCCUCAUGGGAGGCUCAUGGGUCUGGAUCCCUCUGAUGGUGGCCACCGGAGCCAUGGAUUAAUAAUAGACAAAGAGAAAUUCUCUGCCACCUCUCUUUUCUUUGAAUCAAUGUCAUACAAGGUCAACCAAGAGAGUGGUUACAUUGAUUACAACCAACUAGCAGAAAAUGCUCGUUUAUUCAAGCCAAAACUAAUAAUUGCAGGUACCAGCUGCUACUCACGUAACCUGGAUUAUAGCCGUCUGCGAAACAUAGCAGAUGAGAAUGGGGCUUACCUGAUGGGUGACAUGGCCCACAUUUCUGGACUUGUUGCAACUAGUGUGGUUCCAUCUCCCUUUGAUUACUGUGAUAUUGUUACAACCUCCACCUAUAAAACCCUGAGAGGUAGCAGAGGUGGCGCCAUAUUUUACAGGAAAGGUGUGCGCAGUGUGGAUCCAAAAACAGGAAAGGAAACUCUUUACAACCUGGAGAGGUUGAUCUGUGAAGCUGUGUUUCCAAGGCUCCAGGGAGGCCAUCACAACCAUUCCAUUGCAGGACUUGCUGUAGCAUUGAAGCAGGCACUGACUCCCGAAUUCAAGGCCUACCAGGUACAAGUGCUGGCAAAUAGCAAGACUUUAGCAUCUUCUUUAACAGAAAAGGGCUACAAAAUUGUCACAGGUGGUACAGAUACUCACCUGUUAUUGCUUGACCUUCGUCCGAAUGGAAUUGAUGGAAUCAGGGCAGAGAAGGUGCUAGAGGACUGCGCCAUUGGCUGCAUGAGGAACCCUUGUCCAGGUGAUGGUGCAUUGCAAGCCUCUGGCCUUCGGUUAGGCACGCCUGCUCUCACAUCACGAGGGUUAGUGGAGGAAGAUUUCUGCCUCGUGGCAGAGUUAAUUCACAAAGGCAUUCAGUUGGCUGUGGAGAUCCAGACAAACAUGAACCCACAAUCUACUUUCAAGGAGUUCAAGGAAACUCUGGCUCAGCAUGAGGAAUAUCAAAAGAGAGUAAGAGAAAUCCGAGAUGAGGUUGAGGCUUUUGCUGGAACAUUCCCCAUGCCUGGACUGCCUGAGCUAUGA